AUGGCACAACCCAAUCAAAGCACCCUUCUUUGCGAAAAUUAUCCUCGUUCGUUUUUCUCUUCGACUCAUUCCUUUCCGAACGGAAUAGCAUCAUCACCCUCACUUUUUAAUUCCAAUCAACCAAAUGAUUUCAAUUCUUCAAAUCAUUCAUUAGAUUUGACUUCUGUCAUCAUCACUCCAGGACACUACCAACAACCAUCUUCUUCAUCAAACGUUUUACCAUACCAUCAACAACAACAACAACAACCACAAAUCGAUUCUUUUCCAUCUUCCUUCUCAACUUCUAUACAUUGUAAUUUUUCAUUUCCGAGAAUUCGAAGGAGCAAUCCGUUCUUACUGUGCGAUUCUCCAACAAUCAAUAAUACCACGAACCAACAUCAAUCGCUUGAACACAACUCCAUUUCGAGGACGAACGCAGUUGAAUUGUCGUCGACAUCAGUCUCUGGUUUCAAAUCUAAAACGCAAAGACAAACCUCUUUUUAUGAACAAACAUUGGAAAAGAUGAAAAAGUCAGCAUCUCAACUCUAUGCGAAUCAAUCAGCCAUACACAUGGACUCGUCUGAUGACCACGAUAGUGACAUGACAUUAAAUUCAGAGAAUGAAAUGAAAGAUGUUUCAUCGAUACAUUCGUGCAAAACGAAAGAUAUUCGAAGUUAUUUCAAAAAGAAGUGA